AAUUGGUCCAGUCUUUCCAGGUUGUGGGUGAAAUUGCUGUUUGGUUCAUGGUUACUGGUUGUGCUUUUUAUUUUCUGUUUCGUGGAGGCUCCUUCUUCAGUACUCAACCCAACUGUCUCUCUUCCCUUCUAAAACCUCUGACCUGAAACCCCUCUAAACGACUCCGCCAUUCCCCAGCCAUAGCAGCAGCAGCAGCUCUUUUUUCUACUUUUAGGCGUGGAAUUAAAGACGGGAAAAUAGGGAAAGAACAGGGAGACAUGUUCUACUCGCAGACUCUUCUCUCCAGAAAGGGGCCUUUGCGCACCAUCUGGAUUGCUGCUUACUGUCACAAAAAACUCAAAAAGGACCAAAUUGCGGAGACUGAUAUCUCUUCUUCUGUUGAUAAGAUAAUUCUUGAUGAAGUUACUGUAACUUAUAGAGUACUGGGUUUUCUUCUUCUUGGCGUUGUGAGAAUAUACUCAAGGAAAGUUGACUACCUAUAUCAUGAUUGCAAUGAGGUUCUAAUAAAAAUAAACAGUUUUAAGGUGACUAGAAGAGCUAACUUGCUUAAAGAGGCUGCAUUUGCACCUUAUGUCUCCAUCACUCUUCCUGAUACGUUUGAACUUGAUGCUUUUGAUCUGGAGAUUGUGGAAGAUGUAAGCGGGAGCAAUGUGAGGCCCCAUGAUGAAAUCGUGCUUGAAGCAUGGGAAGAAGAUGUGGAUUAUUCUCUGAACAAGUAUCAUCAUAAGGAAGUUGCUGCUGAUCUUGACAUAUGCACUGCUGGUUAUACACCAAUUGAAGAUGUUCUUUCACCUUACAUGUUAGACUUCAAUAUGGACAGCCUGCCUUAUCAUUACCAAAGUAAUUUAGAAGAAAGCAUGGAGAAGCUUCGGUGCAAUUUGUUUCCUCAAGAAGAACAAUUGGACCAUGAACUUUAUUGUGGAGCAGAGGAACCUUUGGACUUCGUUGCACAAUUUGAUAAAACAGAUGAUCAAGAAGAGAAUUUGAAGUUUCUGGAAAUACCACCAUUGGAUAUUGGAGGAUAUGAUAUCUUUACUGAAGGCCAUCCAAUUGAGACUACACCUGACAAGACUUCUGAUAAGACAAAUUUCUCACACCCUUCAGGUGCAGUUACACCAGGAGUUAUGGUUAUUCCUACACCUUCAAAGAAGGAGCAAGCUCGGAGACCAAGGAAGAGAAGAAGUUUAUUUGAUGAGAUGAUAGUGUUGCCUAAUGAGGUGCUUAGGCAGAGCAUACAUGACUCAAGUAGCUUAGUUGCUAAGCGAAGGAAAGUUCCACAUACUGCAUUAGAUGCAUGGAGAAACCAUAAAAUAUCAAGUCUCCAACAGAAUUUUUCAGAACCUCUGUUUCCUUAUAUUUCUUCAGAGCUCAAAAUUCUCUUCUACAAUAACAAUCUCAACACACCAGAACCAGCUGAAGAUGCAGAAGGCCCCAGUAAGUUGGGAGAGGUCAAAUUUGAAACACCCAGAGAUUCUGUAGAGCGAAGACCUAUUUUCCAAGAAAACUCUAUUGAUCACUCAACAUCAGCAUGGUCUUUAGAAAGUCCUACAUAUGUCAAGCCAAAUCGAGAAGAAGUUCCAAUACCAGUUGCAAGAGUUGAUCUCUCUCCAAGUGAGACUCAAGAUCUUGUCCUGAGUCUUAUGGAUGAGGAGAUUGGUCCAUAUGAAGAGAAUAAUUCAGAGCUGGGUGGAUGUUCAGUUAGAACCAGAGCAGUGGCAAGGUAUCUGCAGAAAAGAUUUCUAAAUAAAAAGAAGCAAAAGGAAAAUCAAGUUUUGAACCUUGCAUGUGUUCUGGAAGGGAGAACGAGAAAAGAAAGUGCUCGGCUAUUCUAUGAGAUACUGGUAUUGAAGACCCAAGGGUUUGUAGAUGUAAAGCAAGAAACAUGUUAUGAUGAUAUCCUUGUGCUGACAACUCCACAUAUUGAAGCAGUUCCAUAAAUCCAGCUAUUCAGAAACCAUGUAGAAAUAACCUUUACUCAUGUUGAACGAUUUUGUUAGAAGUAACCUCCAGUUCCCAUGUGUAUGUGGAACUUUCUGUGAGAAUUUUAAAAUCUUCCAUGUAUACUAUGUUUUAGUCUGUAGUCUGUACAUGCCAUAACCCCCAUGUAGUUGCAGGCAACCUUGUUGAGAGAGAGAGAGAGAGAGAGAAGAGACUUUGUAUAGUUGAAAUUUGUAUAUAGUAGAUAUGGUGGCAAUCAAUGUUUUUCA